AUGGCACCUCGAGCGUCCCAAAAGACAAAGCGGCAAUACCAACGGCGAUCUUCUGACUGGGAGACGUCGGUGGACUUUGCCCCGAGUCCCAGUGCGACGCCUAGUGAAACCUGCUCGUCAGAUUACGUCUCGACGUCAUCCGAGUCGGAAUGCAGCGAGUACGCUACAGACAACCAGAAAAUACCUACCGAGCGACCGUCUGUCCUAUACCGCGCACAACGUGCAGCCCGUCCUCUUCCACAACCGCCAACUGUCUUUCUUGACAUCUUGAGCGAGUUUCAGCCGGGCCAUUUUGGGUACGACGCGGCCAGAGAGGUGUCUGCUAGCUCUCCCACCACUGGGUAUCGGGCGAACGCCUACAGCCAGGAGGCCGGUCUAUCUCGUCAGCGGCAGGCUUCAGAAGAUAUCAGCCACCAGCCGCAAGCCCCCUUCCUACGCCAGGCCUCAGAGUAUGAAGAUGCUCCAUCUUGGAGAAGCCAAUCCAGUGGCGUGGCUCGAAUGUACAGCCCUGGUGACAUGGGGCGAGAGAAUGCAAGGGCAGAGGCAGAUAGGUUGAUACAAGAGUACCGACUCCAGUAUCCCGAACACGACCUGGAAUCAGAGGACGAGCAACCGCCACCACUCACUCGCGGCCAAACGCCAGGGUCCCGAGUCGACAGCCCUGCGUAUUCUCCUACCUGUUACACGCCAGUAGAAUAUCAGGAAGAGCUGCUGGGGCUUGAGGACGAUGGCUUCUCAGAUGUCGACGACCUGCCCUUGCAUCGCAGCUGGUACCGAAGGAUAACGCUGUCUCCCGACGACUCGGAGGAAGAGAUUGAUGAACUGGAUUCGUCCGACCACGACCGGUCAGAGUGCUCCGAGGAGGUGGCGCGGCCGACCUGCAAAGCCGAUGACAGGUAUACGUACGCCGAAAGUCAAACCAUGCCCAUCAAAGGGUACCACAUCUCGAGCGACGGCGGCAUGGACAAGCUCCUCGAAGGGUGGCAGCGAGUCCGAUCGAUGGAGGGCGGGAGCCGAUCGGUUGUGGUCCAAAACUUCUUUGGCUCACCCAGAGUCAGCCACAACGAGCCUGUGACUAUGGACCAGGUCAAGCAGCGCCAGUUGGAGGGCAAGAAGCGUCCCCUACCACUCUUCCGCCUCACUCUUGAUAAACAGCAACAGUUCAAGGACACUGUGGAAAAGGACGACCCCGAGGCACUCAAGGCGUGGACUGUGCACGGAACACAUACGACCAACCUGGCGUCACACAACGAAACCACCGCCGAUAAAGCGUUGCAUCACAUUGCGUGGGAAAUGAGAAACUGCAAGAAGCUCAACAUCCCAAAACUGUGCAUCCAUCUUGGCAACGCCCCAGGCAGGGGCGACCUCGACAUCAUCAUUGAGCGCGUUGCCGGACGUUUGAGGGAGCUGCUCGACCAAGUGGACGGCGUAACUCUCGCACUGGAGAACAUGGUGCAGCAGAGUGGCUGCAGCUCCAAGUCAUCCUGGAGCCUCAACACGCUGCGAAAGAUUGUCGACAGGGUCGACCACCCACGCCUCAACGUCUGCGUGGACAUCUGCCACGCGUACAUUUCCGAUUACGACCUGUACGAAAAGGAGAAUGUUGUGCGGCUCAUGGACGAUAUCCGGGCCUUUGGGCCGGGCAAGGUGGCCGGUUUCCACAUCAGCGACAGUGCGAGUGCGCACGGCCAGCGAUGCGAUGGUCACUGCAACAUCGGCACGGGGCUCAUCCCACACGAGGCGUUUCGAGCCAUCCUCAGCGACCCAGAGUGGCUCGGCAAGGUGCCCUACUUUCUGGAAACACCAAACUACACCACCAUCCGCCCUGGCCACAACGAGGUGCUGCGGUACCUGGAACUGGAGCGUCAUGUGCACGAAUGGCGGUGGCUCGAGGCCAUCAUCUGCAUGACCGAUACCGAGUUUGAGGGGGCCGAGUUUCGCACACGCCAAUCGGCGUACAACCGAAACAAGCUGCAUCUCGAGGGCCAGAUCAACAGGUAUAUCAAGACCCGCACGCAAGAUGGGUCGUUCCAGCACAAGUGGAAGGCCGACGUGCGAAGGAGGAACAAGCUGCGAGGGUUUGUGUCUCGCGUCAAAUUGAGCCGGGAAGGACGGUCGUCUCGGCCACACUCAACUGCCAACAGCAAAAAGCGCACGCAGCCGGAACACCUCGCGGUCACUGAAGCGCUCGACAUGGGAGCUUGGGAUCCAGAGGACCAUGUGACGGACGGUGGUGCUCUGGAGUCGGGGGUGCGGUUGUUACGCAAGAGGCAGCGCGUUCCAGACUAUCGCAGCCUCGACCUCCGCAGGCCGAUGGCCGCUGUCGCGAGGCCGCUUGUGGACCGCCGUGAGAGGGGUGUCCUGGGUCCGAGGGCGGCGGACACGGCUCGCCGGGCCACUGCGACGUACAGGACUGGUUCGGGGCGCCUAACCAACCGGGUCGUGUACACUUGA